AUGGCCGGGUUGCGCUUGCAUUGGAACGCUGUUAGAAGCACUGGGGAACACUUAAAAUGGAACGUCAGGUCGACUGGUCAGUCUGGUGCACCAUCUAUGGGUGCACUAGGGAGGUCUGGAGAAUGGGAAGGCCUCGUGCUCGACGGCGGUAGCAAGUGGUUCGUCUAUGUCUCCAUCCUGUUCACAAGGAGAAUGAACUAG